AUGUCAUUCCUGGCCCAAGACCUCUUCCACUUCUUGGAAAUGCAUUCGAUGUUGGCAACACACCUAAAUUAUGGCGAUAUUUUCAAAAUAUUCAUCGGCGACGAAUGCAAAGUUUUCAUUGCAAAUGCAGAGUUUCUCGAGGAAAUCAUGAGUUCGAAUGUGCACAUCACCAAAUCGAACGCAUACAAGUUUAUAAAACCUCUGAAAUUUGGACUAGUAACGAGCACGGGAUCAAAGUGGAAACAACGUAGAAAAUUAAUAACCCCAACGUUUCAUUUCAAAAUGUUGGAUCAAUUCCUGGAAGUUUUUAACGCAAGUACUGACAUUCUGGUCUCGAAGCUGUCCAGUGAAGUCGGAGAGGACUGGACAGACAUUUACCCUUACAUAAAUCUACUUUUGCUUGAUGUAUUUUGCGAAACCGCAAUGGGGGUGAAAAUUUCCUCUCAAGAGGGCAAAAAUUCGGAAUACGCACAAGCUCUUUUUCGCUAUUUAGACAUCGUGAUAGCCCGUGCAUUCUCUGCGUGGAAAAGAUUCGAUUUUCUUUUUCAAUUUUCCUCGGAAUAUCCCCUGCAAGAAAAAUACUUGGAGACUUUGCAAACAUUUUCGAGGAACAUCAUAGAGAAACGUCGCUUUGAAAAAAGUCAACAAGUCGUAGAAAAAACGCCAGACAUUGGAAUCAAACGAAAUGCGGCAUUGUUGGACCUGUUGCUCGAAUCAGACUUAACUAACGACGAUAUUGAAGAAGAAAUGAAUACUUUUAUGUUUGGCGGUUUCGAUUCCACGACUUCUUUGGUCACGUUUGCGUUGUUAGCACUGGCGGAUAAUCCGAAAAUACAACAAAACGUGUAUAAGGAAGUUUUAGAGGUAGUUGGUGAGGAAAAGUACGUGUCGAUGCAGCACUUACAAGACACGAAAUAUUUGGAAAUGGUGAUCAAAGAGACACAGCGGAAGUACACGUCAGUGCCAAUUGUCGAACGUCACUUAGAAGAGGACGCCACCAUAUGUGGUGUUGAUUUUCCAAAAGGUACUACGUUGACUUUGUAUCUUUAUGGCGUUCACCACAACGAAAAAUAUUUUCCCGAACCGGAAAAAUUCGACCCCGAAAGAUUUUUGCCUGAUGGACAAUCAGAAGGGCACAACUAUGCCUUCGUGCCUUUCAGCGCUGGUCCUAGAAAUUGCGUUGGUCAAAAAUUUGCACUGCUCGAUGUGAAGUUGACAAUCAUAAAAAUUUUGCAAAAGUUUACAAUUUUGCAAGUGCCUGGCUAUAAACUGAUUUGAGAAUGGCGGCACAGUUGAAAUCUUACAAUGGAAUGCAACUUUGGCUUAGGCGAAGAGAUCCUGAGAAAUAACUUGUAGCCUUUUCCGGCAAUUAAACAACGUUGCUACUUAAAUUCAAAUGAAUAAAGUAUGAAAAAAAACGAUGAAAUGUCAUUUUCCUGUUACAAAAUCAUUUAAUCCAAAAAACGCAAAGCGGAAAAAAUGUGACAAA